UCGUUCUAUCAGCUAGUGCACCAGGGCACGAAACUCAUCCCCGCAGAUUUCAUUGCCCCUGCCACAAGUCACGACCCCAUCGCGAAUUCCAAGCAUCACCGUAUUUUGCUCUCCAACUAUUUCGCCCAGCCUGAAGCGCUUGCCUUUGGUAAGACAGGAGGAGGUGCGCAAGAGGUUGGCAGCGGUGCAAGCGAGCCACUCGUGAAGAGCAAGGGGUUCGACAGAAGCCGGCCUUGCAACAGCAUUUUGUUCCCGCUGAUGACUCCCAGAAACCUCGGUGCGCUUAUCGCGCUGUAUGAGCACAAGAUCUUUCCCCAGGGUGUCAUGUGGGUAUCAAUUCAUUCGGUAGGAAUACGCGCGGUUGACAGUUCCUCGUUCGCUAAAUGGGUUAUGUAGACCAAAUGGGCGUCGAACUU